GAGCCAAGCAGCCUCUGGCAGCUGCGAACAAGCCAGCCCCCCUCCCCACCCCUUUGCACUGUCCCCUCCUGAAAUUGCAUCGCCUCCUUGGAGGAGCUGGAGAGAGACACACACAGCCAGCCCUGCUGCUCAGCCAGCUUUGCUCUCGCUCCCGGCCAGGGCUCCCCCAACUUCGCCCUCCCUCAUUCGCUUUUCUGUGCAGAGCUGCCAGAGUUGCCUUGUGCACCCCCGGAGCGGGGAGAAUGCACAGAGCCAGCUGGAGCCCGGGGAAGUGAGCGUGCGAGUGCCCCGGGCAGGAGGUUGCCCUACAGCAGGGGCUGGGGGCUUUCCUUAGCCCUGUGUUUCUCAACCUUUUUGAUACCAGGGACCGGCUUGCUGCCUUCCUAAACUGUGUCAGGGAGAUCUCAGGGACCGGUGCCAGGACGCUCCAGGAGUGGGGUGUCCUGCGUUCGCAGCCCCCAGCCUCGCUGGCUGGGAGUUUGCCCGGAGCCCGGCAAGAGUCCCCAGCACCCCAACAUGGACACGGUGGCCAGCGACAUCGCAGACCUCAGCAGCCAGGACGCGCAGAGCGUGUGCGAGGCGCUGGGGCGCUACGAGGACACGCUGCGGGGCGCUGUGCGGGAGAUCCACGUGGACAUCCAGGUCUUCAAGCAAGGGGUGGACCGGCAAGUGGACGAGGUACUGCGCCUCGCCAGCCCGCUGGCCCGCACCGUCGCCGAGCUACAGCAGGAGAACCAGCGACUGCGCGUGCAGGUGGAGCGCCUGGCCAGGCAGGUGGAAGCCCUCAGCAGGUCGGCGGGGCUGCCGGACAGCUGGGCUGCGGAGUGCGGGGCAGCCGGGGGGCCCAGCUCUCCAGGAGCUGGCGCAAGGCGGGCCAGGUUCUCCAGCCAUGCCACCUUAUCCAUGACCGGCAAGAGCCAGAGCGUGGACCUGGAUGACCACAACGAACCUGAGACUAGAAGAGUUUCUAAUUCAGCCAUAGUUGAAAACGGACACCAGUCUUUGUCAGGUCAGGCAAAAGUCUCACAGGAAGUGACCUCUUCCCUUCAGAUGUCAAACUCGUCCCCUGAGGCACAUGCCCCUGCAGUAACCUUACGGAUGCCCCACCUUCCAGUUACUGCAAUAACAAGAGUAUCAGAGAAGUUUUCAGGAGAAACCUCCACCUUAUCAGGAACUAGUAAUGCUACCAGUGGCCUGAUAGGGCAGAGCAGGAGCCAGAAUGAGGCUGUGAUAAAAACUUCCAGCCAAUCAGUGACUGCUGUGAAGACCUGGAAUUCAAGUUCUGUGAGAACAAUGGGCACCUCCAUAGCUGCAGAGAAAAGCACUUCCGUCACAAAGUCUACGUCAGCCAUGAGCUAUGGAUUGACUAGUGGAACCAAAGCUAGUGAAAGCAAUACCAUUGACAGUUACUAUGAUGUGACACCCAAAUCCUGCUCCCCACCUCCGACUGUACAUCGCCAAGUGGAAAGGAGGCGAGAACUGGUGCGGUCUCAGACAUUGCCACGCACUUCAGGAACACAGGCCAGGAAAGCGCUCUUUGAGAAAUUUGAGCAGGACAGUGGGAAAGGAAAAGGAGAGUCCAAAGCAAAGCUGAAGCGGUCACAGAGUUUUGGGGUUGCCAGUGCAAGCAGCAUUAAGCAGAUUCUACUGGAUUGGUGUCGCUCCAAAACCAUAGGAUACAAGCACCUUGAUCUACAGAACUUCUCCUCGAGUUGGAAUGACGGGAUGGCAUUCUGUGCCCUGGUGCAUUCUUUCUUCCCUGAAGCCUUCGAUUAUAAUGCGCUUGACCCAGCUAACCGCAAGCGGAACUUUGAGCUGGCUUUCACCAUGGCUGAGAAACUGGCUCACUGCGACCGCCUGAUAGAAGUGGAUGACAUGAUGGUGAUGGGACGCAAGCCAGAUCCCAUGUGUGUUUUCACCUAUGUGCAGUCACUGUAUAAUCACCUGCGUCGCUUUGAAUAAACCCACCAGGGAAGCUUGAAUACAACCCCAUACUGAGACUACUCCGGUGUUUUCUCAACGAAAGGAGAGCAGUGUUUUGAGAAUAGAACGUGGCCACUAUUGUUCACGCAGAAGCUUGUUAUCGUCCCUGUGCUUGCAUUCAGCCUCGUCCCUGCUUACACUGUUGCCAAGCAGGGCCCCAAAUAGUGUUGAUCACAGCAACGGGCCAGUAAAAUAUAGGGAAAGGCAGAAAUCGUCAUUCUGGUGCUAGUGAUAAGUUGUUUUAAAUACAGUUGUGUUAAAAGAUUGAAGAAAGCUAGAUUAUAAGUCUCCUUCUGGUCAGCUUGGGACACAUGGCUCUGUAUGGUAAGAGCACCUCUGCUUCAAAGUCAUUCUCUCCUACCACAGUUUAAGCCACACAGGAGAAUGUAGAUGAUGUUUUCUACUCCUCUACCCAGUGUAACACACAAGAAACAGAAGGCAGCUUACACCAAGACUUUACAAAGGAAGGCAGCCUCUGCUCUAGUGAAUACAAGUUAUUUGACUUCCACCAUUGCAAUAUCACCGUGCUCGGGUGUGCUUAUUAUGUUAUGUGUGUGCGCGCAAUGUGACAGCCGCUGGUGGGGGUUUUUAAAAAUCAGUGGCCCAUAUGGGGAUUGAAACCACAGCCCAGGGCCUUUGCCACUUAAGCUAAAGGAGUUACACACUUCACUUGCAGCAGUAGUAAGCUAUUAUCUUUUAUCUGAAUCAGCUGCUGGGGCAAGGGACACAACUCACCGAGUGUCUGAGCUCAAAUCCCCAUAUGGGCUAUUACUGUGUAACAGACUCCACCAGCGUGUGCUAGUGGGGGGGGGGGGGGGGGCAAACCUGAAAAUCUUUUGCUCCAGUGGUUGGUUGAGGCCUGUGCAGGUCCUGGCAUAAGUCCUUGCUAAGGAGGCAUCGGGGGAGCAGGGCUGUUAUUUGUACGCAUUUAUGUACGUGUUCAUAAAUUUAGUGCUUACAAACCAGCGAGUCCUCGGGAGUCCUAUUUAACAGGUGCAGCACAGGCAGCACCGACAUGCCUCCACCCCAGCCCUAGAAGAGAUCUCCAUGAUCCAUUCCCUCCUCGGCCUCCCUGCUGAGGGGGCCUGCUAAGGUGCCACUGAGUAUAAAUGAUUUGGGAGUUUUGGAACACCUUGGGCUAUUUCUGAUCUCAGUUAACCCACAGUAACGUCAGUGGUGUUAUUCCAAAUUUACACUUGUGGGGGGAAAAAAAAAAAAAGAUCAGAUUCCACCCUCUGGCUUCUGUUCACUAGAUCAGCAGCUUUGUUUUUGCAAUGAAUGUAAAAAAACUGAAGUCCCAUCCCCCCCCCCGAACAAACUAAUAGAACGUAACAACUGCCAGGCAAGCAGAUUGCUCUUGCUAAAGAAUGGUUUUUUUACCUGCAUCUGUUUCUGUUCCUCACAGAUAUUUAUAAAAAUGACUUUGGUUCUGUAUUGAUGACCAUUUAUAAUAAAAUAUAUGUCAAACUCC